UAUUACAAAUUACCAAAUUUUAUUGGAAUUUUAUGUGUAUUUGGGAUUUGUUUUUGUGCUCUUCUCUAUAUUAAAGGUUUAUUGUUGCCUUCAAAGGGUUUAUAUAAUAGGACUAAAAAUCCUAUUUUUGACUAUUAUUGGGGAAUUGAAUUGUAUCCACACAUUACACCUAUAAUUAGUUUAAAAGUGUGGAUAAUUUGCAGAUUUGGCUUAAUAUUAUGGCAAUAUAUUGUAUUAUUGUGUUGGAAAGCAAAUUAUGAGACAUUGCCCGAUGGUUCAAUCAAUUACUCUCUAACUGCCACUACUUUAUUACAAACAAUAUAUUUAAUGAAGUUUUACUACUGGGAAGACGGAUAUAUGAAUACAAUUGACACAUCUGUAGAUCGUUUUGGGUAUUAUGUGUGUUGGGGUUGUAUAGCAUUUGUACCGGGAUUUUACCCGAUAACGAGUGUCUAUUUGGUCGAUAACACACCAUAUAAUGAGUUUGGCAUCAAAUCAUUAAUUGCAGUCCUAACUGUUGGUCUAUUAGUGAUUUGCUUAAACUAUUGGGCAGAUCAGCAAAAAUUGCAUUUCAGAGCCACUAAUGGAAAGUGUGUUAUUUGGGGAAAACCGGCAAAACUUAUUCGUGCCGAAUAUAUCGAUGAUUUUGGCAAAAGAAAGCGAAGUAUUCUUUUGACGUCAGGGUUUUGGGGAAUAACUCGACACAUGAACUAUACAUUUGAAUUAUUGUCUACAUUCUUAUGGUGUUUGCCAGCACUAUAUGCCAGUCCUGUACCCUAUCUCUAUCUCAUAUUCCUAACCGUACUAUUAAUUCAUCGAAGUGUAAGGGAUGACAAUAAAUGUGCCCUAAAAUAUGGACAAUAUUGGCAACAAUACAAACAUCAAGUCAAAUAUCAAAUGAUUCCUUAUGUUUAUUAAACAAUUAUAAU